AAGCGAGACCCAGUUGUCGGCUGUUCCACCCAGCACGAGGUGGCGAUGCCUUGAGGCACCGCUCCAGCGCGCGCGCACCUCGCGUCGCAGCAGCAGAUGAGGAGGGACGCGGCUGCCCCAGCGCAGAGCCCCACUCACCCUCGUACACGAGCCCAGCGGCGGGGACAGGGGGCAGCCUAGCAGGGGGCGGCAGCAUGGGGGACUCUGAAUCAGAGUCCACCUUGCACAACAACUCGCUCUGGUGGCUGGCAUGUGGGAUGUUAGCCCUGUUGGCCAACUCUUGGAUUAUUCUCAGCAUCACGGCCAAACAACAGAAACACAAGCCCCUGGAGCUCCUGCUGUGCUUCCUUGCUGGGACCCACAUCCUCAUGGCAGCAGUACCCCUCACCACCUACGCCGUGGUGCAGCUGCGGCGCGAAUCCUCCGACUACGACUGGAAUGAAAGCAUUUGCAAGGUCUUUGUCUCCACGUACUACACCCUGGCGCUGGCCACCUGCUUCACGGUGGCCUCCCUUUCCUACCACCGGAUGUGGAUGGUGAGAUGGCCAGUCAACUACCGGCUGAGCAAUGCCAAGAAGCAGGCUCUGCAUGCCGUCAUGGGUAUCUGGAUGGUAUCGUUCAUCCUCUCCACCCUGCCCUCCAUCGGCUGGCACAACAACGGCGAGCGCUACUACGCCCGUGGCUGCCAGUUCAUUGUCAGCAAGAUAGGGCUGGGCUUUGGAGUCUGCUUUAGCCUCCUGCUGCUCGGAGGGAUUGUCAUGGGCUUGGUGUGCGUGGGCAUCACCUUCUACCAGACCCUGUGGGCUCACAGAAGACGCCGGCAGUGCCACCAUCAGAGGGCAGAGGAAGCAUCGUCCUGCUCUUCAUCAGCACACGCCACUUUCAAUGUGCCGGCCAUUGUCGUGGAGGAUGUACGAGGCAAAAGGAGGUCCUCCCUGGAUGGCUCCGAGUCAGCCAAAACCUCCUUGCAGAUGACCAACCUCAUCAGCGCUAUUGUCUUCCUGUACGACACGCUCACUGGGGUGCCUAUCUUGGUCGUGAGCUUUUUUAGCCUGCGCUACGAUACGGCCCCCACCUGGAUGGUUCUGGCUGUGCUCUGGUGCUCCAUGGUGCAGACCCUGCUGCUCCCCUCCUUCAUCUGGUCCUGCGAGCGCUACCGAGCAGAUCUCCGCACCGUGUGGGAGCAGUGCGUGGCUAUCAUGUCUGAGGAAGACGGAGACGAUGAUGGUGUGUGUGAUGAUUAUGGCGAUGGCAGGAUCUGCAAAGUGAGAUUUGAUGCGAACGGUGCUGCAGCCGUGAAGCGUGACUCCCGGGACAUCAAGCUGCUACCCAUGCACCACAUGCUGUUGCCCCAGGACAAGGUGCACUACCUGCAGGUCCCUAUCUCCCGGAGAAUGUCACAUGAUGAGACUAACAUCUUCUCCGCCCACCGCUCCGCUCCAUCCUUCCUACACAAGUGGUCUUCAUCUGACGACAUCCGCAUUUCCACCCCCCGCAAGCCUGGAGGCCCUGGUUUCCUGCCUCCUCAGCUGCAUGACUACCAGCACCGCAGGGGGCUCCCAGAAGAUGAGCUGACGACCCUACGGCAGUUUUUGGAGGGCGGGCUGUUACCCCGGGGCUCCAGUUCCAGCACCUGCUUCUUCCGAGAUGAGAUCACCACCUUCAUCGACGAGACGCCCCAACCCACCCCAGCCUGCAGCCCACGGCAUUCCCGUCUCCCGCUCGCAUCGCGCCGCGAUCGCCGCCUCUCCCUCGGGAGCAGAGAGGAGGAGAACGCUGACCGGCCGCGGCGCUGCUCCCUGGCUGGCAACGAAGCCUGGCAUCUGCCGGACGGAGAGCAGGGGCCUCGUGAAAGGACCCUUGAGGCCUGCGAGGCACAGACCUUCCAGGAUCCCAAACUAUGAGAGACAGCGUCGAAAACAUUCAGUGCCAUCGCGAUUUUUAAAACUUC